UGACGUACUGACGCUGCCCGACCCCGGCCGCGCAGGCGUUGGUGUAGCCGUUUGCCGGCGGUUGGAGGGGGCUGCUGUUUUGUGGUGUCGGUCCCCAGCGAUUCCCAGUCUCCAUGUACUCUCCCGGCAGCACCUCCCCGCAGCAGCACGAUGGGGCCGCAUGGGACGGCUCCGCGUCUGCCUGCUUCGCUGCUUCCCCCUCCGCCGCUUCCUCCUUCUCGUCGGGCCGCGGCCGCGGCAAGGGGUUGGAGGCUGUCCGCGUCUCUGAGGAAGUGGAGAUCGCGGUGAACCUGGCGCUGGAGCGGUUCUGGUACAGCGAUGAUCAAGAGAUGGCGUUUCCUUCGUCUUUCACUUCUACCGAAAGAGCUUUUGUUCACCGACUGUGUCAGUCUCUGGGUUUGAUAUCUAAAAGUAAAGGAAAAGGAGCAAAUCGAUAUCUAACAGUCAGGAAAAAGAAUGAAUCUGAAGUAACUCAUGCAGAAAUGACUUGUUGUUUGACUACCAGAACGAAACAGGCUGUUCACAGUUUAAUUCAUAGAUUUCCUCUCACAAAUAAAGAACGAAUAGAACUUCUGCCAAAGACGCGUCGAGGAAAUGCAUUUGCUGUUGAAACUGAAAGCAAAGAAGUUGGGAAGACAAGUGGAAGGCUCAGCAGUGGUAUUCCUCAAGUCCCACUGAAAAGAGGGGAGUCGGAAUAUGACUCUUUUAGGCAAUCAUUGCCAGUUUUUGAAAAGAAGGAGGAAAUUGUCAAAAUAAUAAAGGAAAAUAAAGUUGUUCUCAUUGUAGGAGAGACUGGAUCAGGAAAAACUACUCAAAUUCCUCAGUUCCUUCUUGAUGACUGCUGCAAAAAUGGAAUUCCCUGUCGUAUAUUUUGCACUCAGCCAAGACGUUUGGCAGUUAUUGCUGUGGCUGAAAGAGUGGCAGCCGAAAGAAGAGAAAAGGUUGGCCAGACAGUUGGUUAUCAGAUCCGAUUAGAAAGCAGGGUUUCUCCAAGGACACUGUUAACGUUUUGCACUAAUGGCAUACUGCUUCGCACACUAAUGGCAAGAGACAGUGCUCUAUCAACAGUAACACACGUUAUUAUGGAUGAAGUACAUGAGAGGGAUAGAUUCAGUGAUUUCUUGUUAAUAAAACUGCGAGAUAUAGUGCAAAACCAGAGUAAUUUAAAACUAAUCAUUUCUAGUGCUGCUCUAGAUGUGAAUCUCUUUGUUAAGUAUUUUGGAAGUUGCCCAGUAAUACACAUCCAGGGAAGACCAUUUGAAGUUAAAGAGAUGUUUUUGGAGGACAUUUUACGAAGCACUGGAUAUACAAACAAAGAGAUGAUAAAAUACAAAAAAGAGAAACAGCGAGAAGAAAAACAGCAAAGCACUCUCACUGAGUGGUGUUCUGCUCAAGAAGAUAAUAGCAACCCAGAGUCACAGAGAAGAUCUGUUGCAAAUGUAUCUGAAGAGUAUAAUGUUCUGGAGAGCAGUGGGGAUGCAGCAUUUAAUAAUCUGAUUGAAAAAGAUACAAGUUGUCUUGAACCAUGGUUAAUAAAAGAAAUGGAUUCUUGUCUUUCUGACAUCUGGUUACAUAAAGAUAUCGAUUCCUUUGCUCAGGUGUUCCAUUUCAUCUUAACUGAAAAUGUCAGUGUUGAUUAUAGGCACAGUGAAACCAGUGCAACUGCACUUAUGAUCGCUUCAGGGAGAGGCUUUCUAAGUCAAGUAGAGCAACUGAUCAGUAUGGGAGCAAGUGUCCACUGCAAAUCAUCCAAUGGCUGGAUGGCUAUAGACUGGGCUAAGCACUUUGGACAAACAGAGGUGGUUGACCUGUUGGAAUCUUACAGUGCUUCAGUGGAAUUUGGAAAUCUGGAUGAAAGUUCUCUGGUCCAAGCAGGUGGUAAUGACCUUGGAGCAGAGGACAGAGAAUUGUUGAAAGCUUAUCAUCACAGUCUUGAUGAUGAGAAGGUGGAUCUGGACCUGAUUAUGCACUUACUUCACAACAUUUGCAGUAGUUCUGAUGGGGGAUCAAUUUUAGUAUUUCUUCCUGGAUAUGAUGAGAUAAUUAGCUUGAGGAACCGUAUUAUUUUUGAUGACAAGAGAUUUGUUGAUAAUGCUCACAGAUACCAAGUAUUCAUGCUUCAUUCAAAUAUGCAGACUUUGGAUCAGAAAAACGUGCUUAAAACUCCACCUUCUGGCAUCCGCAAAAUAAUUCUUUCUACUAAUAUUGCGGAAACCAGUAUCACAGUCAAUGAUGUUGUAUUUGUUAUUGAUUCGGGAAAGAUGAAAGAGAAGUCUUUUGAUGCACUGAGUUGUGUUACAAUGUUAAAAACUGUGUGGAUUUCAAAAGCCAGUGCUCUGCAGAGAAAAGGGAGAGCUGGGCGCUGUCGACCUGGAGUCUGCUUCCGUCUCUUCAGCAGGCUCCGAUUUCAGAAUAUGUUGGAAUUUCAGACUCCAGAACUUCGAAGAAUGCCACUUCAGGAGCUUUGUUUACACACAAAACUACUGGCUCCAGUAAAUUGCGCAGUUGUUGACUUUCUCAUGAAAGCUCCUGAUCCUCCACCAGCUGCAAUUGUGAACAACGCCAUACAGAUGCUCAAGAAAAUAGAUGCCAUGGAUGCCUGGGAAGACCUCACCGAACUUGGUUAUCAUCUUGCUGAAUUACCAGUAGAGCCACACCUUGGCAAAAUGGUGCUGUGUGCUGUUGUUCUGAAGUGCCUGGAUCCUAUUCUCACUAUUGCUUGCACUCUUGCAUAUCGAGACCCUUUUGUUUUACCUGCGGUGGCCUCUCAAAAGCGUGCAGCUAUGGUGUGCAGAAAACGUUUAGCUGCAGGAACAUUUAGUGACCAUAUGGUGCUCCUCAGGGCUUUCCAGGCAUGGCAGAAGGCACAAAGUGAUGGCUGGGAGAGGGCCUUCUGUGAAAAGAACUUUCUUUCUCAAGCUACAAUGGAAAUCAUAAUCGGAAUGAGAGCACAGUUACUUGGUCAGCUUAGAGCUUUAGGUUUUGUCAGAGCCAGAGGAGGUGCUGAUAUUAGAGAUGUUAACGUUAACUCUGAAAACUGGGCUGUUGUUAAAGCUGCCUUAGUGGCUGGGAUGUAUCCCAAUCUAGUGCAUGUGGACAGGGAAAGCCUGGUUUUGACAGGACCGAAAGAGAAGAAAGUGCGAUUGCAUCCUACAUCUGUUCUUAGCCAGGCCCAGUAUAAAAAGAUCCCGCCAUCAAAUGGGCAAGCUGCAGCUGUUCAGGCACUCCCUACUGACUGGCUUAUAUAUGAUGAAAUGACAAGAGCUCACAGGAUAGCAAAUAUCAGAUGUUGUUCAGCUGUAACACCUGUCGCUGUGGUACUCUUCUCUGGACCAACUAGGUUACCACGUAGUGCUUUGCAAGAGCCUUUGUCCCUUCGAGGAAAUAGGGUAUCUAACGAUGACAGUGAUAGUGGGAUGGAGGACGAAAGAUCUAAUGUGGCACUACUGAAGCUAGAUGAAUGGCUCCAUUUCAAACUGGACUCUGAAGUUGCUGGUUUGCUGAUGCAACUCAAACUCAAGUGGCAUAGCUUAUUUUUGCGACGUAUGCGAGCUCCUUCGAAACCAUGGUCUCAAGCUGACGAAAUAACUCUAAGAGCAAUUAUAUCUGUUUUAAGUACUGAAGAACAGUCUGCAGGUUUGCUGCAGCCUUCAGGAGUUGGUCAGAGGCCAAGGCCUGUUUCUUACAACGAACUUCCUUCAGCACCUGCCUGGAGGUCAGGCGGCAGCUCAGCAGAAACUGAAUUAUCUGAUGAUUCCUCUAAUGCUGAAAAAGUUGUAAGGAAGUCUGCACCUUCAUCAUUUCAUCAGUCAAGGAGAUACAAAGAAAAAAAUAAUUCAAAACGAACAUCAGAUGAGAAGUCAGAUCAGUCAUCAGUGAAAUCUACAGACAGCAGCUGCUAUCCUAGCCCGUGUGCUAGUCCUUCUCAGGUGUCUGGAAAGGUAUUAUUCGGUUCCAAAACUCCUUCACCAAGGCUAAGUAUGCCGGUUAGGUACUUUAUAAUGAAGAGCAGCAAUCUGCAAAACCUUGAUAUUUCUCAGCAGAAAGGUAUAUGGUCUACUACGCCAAGUAAUGAACAAAAACUAAACAGAGCUUUUCAGGAGAGCAACUUGGUUUACUUAAUAUUUUCUGUCCAAGGAUCUGGACACUUUCAGGGAUUUGCUAAAAUGUCUUCAGAGAUAGGGUGUGAGCAAAGUCAGUGCUGGGGAUCUACUGGUUUAGGAGGUGUGUUUAAGGUGGAAUGGAUCCGAAAAGAAAGCAUUCCUUUCCAGUUUACACAACAUUUGCUCAACCCCUGGAAUGACAAUAAGGAAGUACAGAUAAGCAGAGAUGGCCAGGAGCUAGAGCCGCAAAUUGGAGAGCAGUUGCUACAGCUCUGGGAUCAUAGUACUUCAACAGGAAGAACCUCAACUGACAGUGUAAAGUAAUAAAAUAGCACCCUGGUUAUAAAAAAAAAUUAUGUAGAACCAGCAAUGUGCCUACGGUAUAAGGAUGAGGAAGAAGAUGGUGUAACAAGCUCUGAAAGUGUUAGUGAUUCUGUGCAGCUAGCACUGGAACAAUAAAAGGAAAUAAGGUUUAUUUUAAUGUUUUACACGUAUUAACAAAAAUUGUAACAUUGUUUGCCAGCCUGGUUUCAAGUGAAUUAUUUUUUUUCUGAAGUAAGAUAUUUGGUAUGCAGCCGAUUCUCAGAAAUACAGUUAAAUUCAAAACUAAAUUUGAAGUAGUGCACAAUGCAGUGUGUUUUAAAUAGCACAGCAAGUACAAUUUAAACUGUUUAAGUACACAAUUACAUUCAAAGCUUUUUCCACAUUAGUGGUAAAGAAAACAGUGUAAUAUUUAUUAGACUUGCAGGUUUCUGAAAUUAAAUGUCACAAAAAUGAAUUAAAGAUUCCAUUAAGUAUUAGUUGAAAUUCAAUGUGCGAAGUCAAUAUGUGUUCAUACAAACAGUUGAGCAAUUGGAGAAUGUUGAAGUUCAUUUGAAUGUUCAUUUUAAAUUUAAAUUCCUUUAAAGGGAGUGUGAGGUUCCUUUGAGAGUUGUCUUGUUCAGCUUCUGCUCUCAGUCUGUUGUUUUACACCUUUUUAAAGAUGAACAUAGUUCACUAAGUCUCAGUUGCUUGGUAAUAAGCAAAAAUCUAAUAGGGUACCAAUAUGGGCAUUCUUAAAAGAUGAUUUUGUUUCAUUAAAAAAAAAUAAAACUGCUAGUAUUAGCUUUCUUUGUUUUAAUAAGCUUCUUUUUACAGGUUAACUUGCUUUGUAAGAUUGGUGUAAAUUUACUGUUUGCUGUCAGCACAAUCUUUGUAGUUGACCUUAAAAUAAACAGAGCCUUUUGUGCCUCUGAGCCUGCUCUUA